CCUUUAUAGCUUGAGUUGUUUUCGUUAGUGCGAUACAGAGUUGAGUCGGCGGAGAGAUCAAGACUUAAACCUAGCUUAAGUUGAGAAUCUUGAGGCGUAUUACUCAAGUCACACAGUGAAAGAGAUCAAUCCAAGGAUAACUACAAUGGCAUCUACAAACAAUAAGGAAGCAUUGGCAGCUAUGAAGGAAGCUGCACGGGAUGCAACACUCUUGACGGAUGGCUUAGAGGCUAGACUUAACCAAAUCAACCUAGCGGAGGAGGACGAUGAACCCCUAGAAGUUGAAGAUGCUGAUGGUGAUAUAGUGAGGAUGGAGGCAGUCCGAUAUCUUGGUCUAGUUGGUAGGCUUAUGUCAGAUAAGGAACCAAAUAUUCAGUCAAUGAAGUUUGCCCUAACAAAAGCGUGGGGACUGAAAAAGGGCUACCAAAGCACAGAGCUUGGGAACAACCUGUUUGCUUUCCAAUUCCUAGAGAUGGAUGACUGCAGCAAAGUCUGUUAUGGCGGACCUUGGCAUUACGAGAAUCAUGUUAUGCUUUUCAUGGCGAGUUGGUGGAUUAAGAAGCCAAUCCUAGCAUACCUGCACAAGAUGGAAAUAUGGAUACAAGUUAAUGACUUUCAAGCGGAAUUAAGAACAUAGUCUAUGGCAAAAAAAUAGCAAACAGAAUUGGAGAACUAGUGUGGUUCGAUGACAGCUCUGAGAAGAUGUGGGAUGACUUUUUGCGCAUUAGGGUAAGUAUCUCCAUCAAUAACCCUUUGAAGAAGAAGAUUAAACUCAACAUAUGAGG